UUAUAUGAAAUUAACGAUGAUCCAAAGAGGAAGGAAUUCUUAGAUGAUCUGUUUUCAUUUAUGCAGAAGAGGGGAUCGCCAAUCAAUCGUCUUCCGAUAAUGGCCAAGUCAGUUUUAGACUUGUAUGAACUGUACAAUUUGGUAAUAGCUCGUGGUGGAUUAGUCGAUGUCAUUAACAAGAAAUUGUGGCAAGAAAUUAUCAAAGGACUACAUCUACCAUCCAGUAUAACGAGUGCAGCAUUCACGCUACGAACACAAUAUAUGAAGUACCUGUACCCAUAUGAGUGUGAAAAGAAAAACUUAAGUACUCCUGCUGAACUCCAAGCGGCUAUUGACGGCAAUCGACGUGAAGGUCGCAGAUCCAGCUACGGUCAAUUUGAUCAACAAAUGCAGGGACAACUACAAAUGCAACGGUCACCCACUGGUCUGCAGCAAAUGUCACCCUUAUCAUUAGUCACUCACGGCAACGCACCAAAUUCACACCAUCGUAUGAUGGGCGGACCACCGCUUGGACAGAUGGCAAAUGUAGUACCACACGACAUCGAACAGCGUAUGAUUGAAUACAUAAAAAUGUUUCAACCGAAAGAGCCAAGACGUUCCCAAAGUCCUGAAUUGUUGCAACGGGAUGCAUUAAAUGCAUUGGAAAUGUCAAGAGUGGCCCUUUGGUCGAUGUACAAUAAUAACACAAGCCCACCAGUUUCAAUAAAUACAAUAAGUCCGCCGAACCAUGAACCACAAAGAGAGGCACUAAACCUAGCUGAAUCUCCACCACACAUUCCUAACGUUAAACGAGAACGUGAACGAUCGAGCGAUUACCAUGAAAGAGACAGAGAUAUUCCGUGCGAGCCACCGCAGAAACGUGCUGUGCCCAUCGAUAAGUCAUUGCAAAGACACAAUUCGUCGUCGAUGCACCACGACGACCGGUCUAGAACGCCAAUGAACGAUCAUGACGUAUCCGACGAUCCCGCUCACUCAUCCUCACCGAUCCGCAAUGGCAUUUCUAACAUAUCGUCAGGUUCGACGACGACUGUAUUGUCGGGAAUGCAAUUCAAAAUAACUAGUCGCGGCAAUGCAGCUAACGGCGAGCAACAAUUGGUUGUGACAAUGGAAUUGAAUGGAGUUCAAUAUGAGGGCGUGCUAUUUGCAAAUCCAACCACAAAUUCGACGAAUGCUUCAACGCCGACGAAAACCAAUCCAAAUAGCAGUCACAAUCCGAUCGAUGAAAGAGAAACAAACCGAGUUGCUCGGCCACUCGUAUCAUCGUAAUUUUGCCAAUUUCGGGAGAACAUUUAAUUUUGUGGACAAUCUACUUGAACAUUUUAUACGUAGCAUACAGUUGGAAUGUUUCGUUUAAAAAUAGACGAAUUUUUGAUUUCAUCAAUUGAAUGUUGAAAAAUAAUACGCAAUCGUGUCGUUAGCGACUGACCCCAAGUUUUUUUUCUAGUAAAAUUGAAAUUUAAUGAUUAAUUAGUUCUUCGGUCGAUUGGCCUCGCUAGAAAUCAGAUUUUGUCAUUUUCAAUUUUUAAGAUUUUUUUUUUGCAAAUUUGAUUCACUCCAAACCUUAUUAAUUAUUCUCUGUCACCCAAUUUAAUUUACCUGUUACGGACGGCCAUAUUAUUGGUUAUCAGGAAGUAAUAGAUUCGAUAACCGAUCUAAUGACAUAUGACUACCGCCUGUGAAAGUUUAAAUUCAUUCACAAAGACACCCUAAAAAGUCAGGAUACUUCGAACUAAGGAUAUUGCACAAUAUUUAGUAACUCUCAGUGCAAAUUGUAAUGGUUUCCCAUUUUGUUCCCCUAUUUGUCCUAGUCCUUCGAGUAUUUAAGCGUGUUGUAACGAAAUUUUCCAGUUUUUCCUCUAAAUUUACUUCCUUGCUUCAAAAUCGAAACAUGACGAAUUGGUGAAUCAAAUCAUGUUCAUGUCGUCAUUUCUCUGAAACGGCUAAUCAUUUGUUGUCAAGACUAAAGUACACUAUGGCCUCAGGUUAGAUCUUCUAUGGAAUAAUGUAUGUGAUCAGUGAUCAUACACAAGCCUAUGCUUUGAACAAAAGAAGUUAACAGAUGAUUGCGACACGCUUGCCGUUUUCAUAAUACUUAGAGGUACAAUCUAUGAUAGAAAAGGAAAACUUUGACUUCGGAAACGUAAAUGCAAAUUUGUUCAAAAAUGAUUUCCAAAAAUUAAACUUAAAUGAGAAACAAAAAUUCACUUCAAAAAUAGGCUGUAAAAAAUGAUUUUUUUGUGUUUAAAAAACUAAAUUUAUAUUGUGAGACCGAGAUGCAUAAAUUAUUUAGUUAAAAACCAAUGGAUAAAUUAAAGUGGAAAAUAUUUUUAAUUUGUAAAAUUCUUUAAAAACAAGAAGAUUUAUUCAAGAACAAAAGUCAUCGCUGCAAUAUAAUAAUACAAAUGGAAAGUGAAAGAAAAAGAAUUAUUAAAAAAAUUAAAUAAAUAAAAGAAUUCAAUUAGAAUUGUGCGUGUGGUUUAGAAACUAAAUUAGUUGUGUAAAUUGUAUACUUAGUGUAGAUCUAAAGAGAAAAUUUGUGUUAAGCGAUAACGAUUGUCAUUAUUUAGGGUUUUUAUAUCGAAUGGGACGGGUGUAGCAUUUUUCUUCUUUUUUCUUGGCUUUUUUAGUCUUUCAGAAAAGGUUUAGUCAUCUGUUAUCGAUGUAACAAACAAUGACCGACUGGCUAUACAAACAAAAUGUACAAAGAAAUGAAAAGAAACAUUUUUUGAACAAAUUCCAGGCGAUACUUUGAACAAAUAAAGAGACAGAUUUAAUCAUUGUAUUUCGAUAGGCCGUUUCUGAAAGGUUUCUAUUCCAUGGUUAUUAACCAUGAAUAUUCUCAAAACCGAGAAAAUGAUUCUGUAGUAAGCUCAUUUUAUAUACAGACAUCAUUCUAAUCUCUUCCUUCGUCCAAAAUUUUCUUCUUUUUUUAUAACUAUAUUUUGAUGACCUUGAGUCAUCCCUUCUUCUACUUGCGAUAGCAAAAACUCGUUUUAUUUUGACUUUAUUUAGUGGAAUCUAAAGAAAUACACAAAAUGGAAUGCAAACUGUACCGCAGAAAACGUUUUUCGAAUAAGUAAACUUUCGUCUCAUCUAAACCAAAAGCAUUAAAAGCAAAACUUUCCUUAUGUUCCAUUCGAUAUUUAUGUGUUGACGAAAAUGUGACAGUAUCGAUAUAGUAGAGUUAAUGAUACAACCGAUAAGAUAAUUAUGUGUAGUUUAAAGUUAAACAUUAAAUAUUUAAAUAUUUUUUUUUUGCCAAAAAGACUGUUUUUGUUAAUUAUAGUAAUUAAAAAA